UAAAGCGUGCAAUUAUUGAUUGUUGUUAUCUCUGAAAUACGAUUUAACUACUAUAAUGAUUCUCCCUUCCUAGCCUCAUCGGAAAGGGACGAAGCUCCGAUCUCUCUCCCCCCACCGGGAAAGCAAAUCCACCGCACGGGGACGCCCUACCCACCCAGGGAUCCAAGCAAUCCCUCCCGGGCCUCCCCUUCUCUCAGACCCACGCGUUCCCAAGUUCCUUCAUUUUAUCCGAUUUUCUCCUACUAGCAUUUUGGAUCGGUUCGGGCCUCAAUCCAGACCGCCCCUGGCCGCGAUCCUUCCCUCCGUCGGAAUUCUAGGGUUCCUGGUGCGACUGGGCCGGAGAGCUUUGGGCUUGGGGGCGGAGAUGGACUCCGAGGACGACAUGCAUGACGCCGACGACCUAGACUCGUUGGACGACCAAUUCUAUAGCGGGUACGCCGCCUUGGGCAGCGAUGACGGAGACGAGUACGAUUUCGUCGACAACGUGUCGGAUGGCGCCGAGGAAAGCACCUCGCAUCGCCAGCAGCAAAAUUAUACUAUUUUAAGUGAUGCUGACAUAAGGCUACGCCAGGAAGAAGACAUAAGUAGGAUAUCAACUGUGCUUUCAAUACUAAGAUCUGAAGCAUGCAUUCUUCUACGCCAUUAUAACUGGAGUGUUAGUCGGGUACAUGAUGAAUGGUUUGCAAAUGAAGACAAUGUUCGAAAGGUCGUUGGUUUGCUGGAAAACUCAAGUGAAAUGCAGAGGACUAGAGAACUUACAUGUGGAAUUUGUUUUGAAAACUAUCCUCGUGACAGGAUGACUUCUGCUGCUUGUGGUCAUCCUUUUUGCCACACUUGUUGGAGAGGUUACAUUAGCACGUCAAUAAGUGAUGGCCCUGGAUGCUUAAUGUUAAGGUGUCCUGAUCCAUCCUGUGGUGCCGCCGUUGGCCAAGACAUGAUUGAUCUCUUGGCAACCCAUGAAGAUAAAGAGAAGUAUUCUCGGUAUCUUCUAAGAUCUUACAUUGAAGACAACAGAAAGACAAAAUGGUGUCCUGCUCCUGGUUGUGAAUUUGCAGUUGAGUAUAUAAUUGGCAGUGGAAGCUUUGAUGUUUGCUGCAAUUGCUCGUAUGGCUUCUGUUGGAAUUGCACUGAGGAAGCUCAUCGACCAGUUGAUUGUGAUACAGUGGCAAAAUGGAUAUUAAAAAACAGUGCUGAAUCUGAGAAUAUGAACUGGAUAUUGGCAAAUUCAAAACCCUGCCCAAAGUGCAAGCGCCCAAUUGAGAAAAACCAAGGAUGUAUGCAUAUAACCUGCACACCUCCUUGUAAAUUUGAGUUUUGUUGGCUAUGCCUUGGCUCAUGGUCAGAACAUGGAGAAAGGACUGGUGGCUUCUAUGCAUGUAAUCGCUAUGAUGCUGCAAAGCAGGAAGGAGCGUAUGAUGAAUCUGAAAGGAGAAGAGAAAUGGCUAAAAAUUCUCUUGAGAGAUACACCCAUUACUAUGAACGAUGGGCGACUAAUCAGUCGGUAUGUGAGCUUUCAACUCUUCAAUCCUUUCUAUUAAUUUUGUUCUAUUUCAUUUAUAUUUGACAGAUCUCCCAAAAGGAGCACAUGAGUUUGGGUCCCAAAUAGCGCAGUAUGCUCUAUUUUUUCCAAAUCAUGUACCUUCUCUCU